AUGGCAUUGCAAUGGCUUAUUCUGUCGUACGUGGUUGCUGCCGAGGUCGUGAUCGCAGUCUUAUUGACUCUACCUUACCCGAUGCUCGUGAAGAAACGCAUCGUAUCACUUGUCUCGCUCAUACUCCAGCCUGCCGCCUCCAUCGUCGCCUUCGCUGGAUUUCAACUCCUCGAUCUUUACUGGAAGAAUGAGCAUAGACUAAUGUGCUCAUCUGAGGUUUGCACUGCCACCGAGCGUGAUCGCUACGAGAAAUCCAUCUACAAGGCUCAGCGAAAUGUGGUUCUGUGUGCGGCUGGGAUCCUUCUCUACUGGUGUAUUUUCCGGAUCUGCAAGUACAAUAAAGACCUUGAGCAUUUGGAGGAGCUAGAGAAGAGAAGCAAGGCAGAGUAG